UUUUGUUAUCACAAUGUUAAACGUUGCCUUCUCUCUCUGGACUAGUUACACAGGUGUGUGAAAGAAGCUGCGCUGAUAUUUUGUUCAUCAUUUUAUUCGAUGAUGCAGAUUUGGCAAUACUAUACGAACUGACAAGCAGUGCAGCUGUUAGCUUUGUAUCAAAGCGCAUUACAGUGAGGCCUAUAACAAACGCUUUACACUUAUUUGGAAUAUACCGGUAGGCCUACAAGAAUUAAAAUGCAACUACUUCUGACUUAAUCUAUUGCUAGUUUUCCGAUCAGACCGGUCACAUUUAAACAUGGCUUUGAUGAGUAUGAAUAACACAUCCUCAAUCAUGAACGUCACCACGAUGGAACCGGCUACUCCUAGCCCAUCUCUGUACCACUACAAUGCCCGCAUCGGGUUGGCCUGUGUAUGGAUCUUAGCCGCUGUCCUUGGACUCGUUGGGAACAGCCUUGUGAUCUGGUCGGUCGUCCUGUCCAAGAAACUCCGCACGGUGACCAACGCCUUCGUGAUCAACCUCAGCCUGGCUGAUUUCUGGACGAGUCUGUCUUACCCGUGGCAGGCCGUCGCCAUACUGAGCCACGGGUCCUGGCCGUUAGCUACAGAGAUCCCAUGCUACAUUGCCGUUGUGCAGUUAUACACUGGUCUUGGCGCAAGCCUUUAUUCAUUGGCGGCGAUAGCCUUCAAUCGCUUCAUGCUGGUCACCAAGAAACCUGCAACAUACAGUCGUUGGUACUCUCCGGGAAAAGUCUCCGCCAUGAUCGCUGCGACUUGGGUCAUCCCGUCGAUCGUGUUGUUCGUGCCGCCAUUCCUUGACAUUGGUAACUUAGGUUACGAUCAUGAGAGCAACACGUGUACAGAUAUAGAUGAUCAUCCCCGCGGCCCAGAGUACAACCUUGUUCAGUGUCUUGGUCUGUUCCCGGUCCCCAUGCUCAUCAUCAUCAGUUCCUACACGGCACUCUACAUCCAUCUCAAACGUCACUUCAGGAAGCAGAAGAGGAGACGCACUCAGCACGAUAGCCCAGCCCCGCAUGACAAGGCAGUAGGGAUGUCAACCGUCAGUUUGACCGUAUCGACCAAAUCCUCAGGGAUGUCCACCGACGAUGUAGCCAAAAGCCAACGGAGAGCAAUCAGCCGUCAGCAACUUGCUAUCACCAAGAAUCUCUUCAUGGUAUUCUGCGUCUUCUUCUUGUUGAUUUCUCCUUAUUUCAUCUCUCUGGUAGUACCAAGCAGUCGAACGUUUGCUCUCUACGGACUAACCAUCACUACUCUGAACAGCUGUGUCAACCCCAUCAUCUACACGGUUAACCAUGUUCAUUUCAAGGGAGUCCUUCGGAAGAUCCUCCGUUGUCAAUACUCCCAGAUACCUGAACCAUCCGACUGGCUGAAAUCCGUGUUGUCUAGGAUGAAGUAA